AUGCUGCGUAUCUUUUCAGGUGUGACAGUAUGUGCUAUUCUUGCCACGCACUUACCUUCAAAGGCACUCGGCGAUACUCUAGCAGAGAGGCUUUUUGAGUUUCUUAAAGCACUUGGAGCGGACGACGUUCUUUACACCACUAAGGCUUCCUACCCGCAAGGAGCAUCCCGAGUAAACUGCGUCAUGCGUACCAAAACAGUUGGAGGCAAUACCGCUGCAGACAAUACAGUAGUAAGACUGUGCAUGCAAACUAAAACUAACAGUCCACGACUGCAACCGUAUCCUAUGAAGAUCUCAUAUCGACGAACCAACAAUGGCGACGAUGUCACUGAAAGAUGGAGCAGCGGUGAAAAUACACUGACCAUUCAUUAUGUCGGAAACACGUGCGUCGUGUAUUCAGUCAAAAAAAAGAAACCCUUGACACCAGGCGAAAAAGCAUGUGGUAUUUGGCAUAAAAAUAUUCGUUAUCCUCUGCCAAAUGAGGACGAACGCCAAGAGACCGCGACUCAAGUGUGUGGCGAUGAAUGGCGUUUAAUUUCGACUAGUAACAAGUGCGCCAGAGUUCCAACUCCUGAGUGCAAAUACUAUGAAGACACGUGA